AUUUCCCUUUCUACGACAAAAGAAAGAAAAAAAAAAUCAUUUAUUAAAAGGAAAACCUAAAUUUGCUAGCAGGGCCUCAUCUCUCCGAUAAAAUAAAAAGUUUAAAAUUCUUUGUCUCUGGGAGAGUGAUGAUAGAUAGAUAGAUCGAAAACGAAUCCAUAGCAAAAACCUAAUCUCCAAAACGCCGCGUUACGAUCCUAAUCCCCUACGCUUCACGGAUCGAAAUUAACCGAUCCGACCGGUUGUUAGUUAUUCAUUUUCUCGACCGUACUGUCAGUGGUGAAAGGGGAAGGGGGACGGGGGGAUCAGGUGAUCGGACGGUGGAGGAGGAGAGAGGAUGCCGUCACAGGGAGACCUAGACCGUCAGAUCGAGCACCUGAUGGAGUGUAAGCCGCUUUCGGAGGCGGAGGUGAAGGCGUUGUGCGAACAGGCACGAGCCAUACUUGUGGAGGAAUGGAACGUGCAGCCGGUGAAGUGUCCGGUAACGGUAUGUGGUGAUAUUCACGGACAGUUUUAUGAUCUAAUAGAGCUGUUUCGGAUAGGAGGCAAUGCGCCGGAUACUAAUUAUCUCUUCAUGGGGGAUUAUGUAGAUCGUGGGUAUUACUCGGUCGAGACUGUCACACUCUUAGUGGCCUUGAAAGUCCGUUAUAGAGAUAGAAUCACGAUUCUUAGAGGAAAUCAUGAGAGCCGGCAGAUAACACAAGUGUAUGGCUUUUAUGAUGAAUGCUUGAGAAAAUAUGGAAAUGCCAAUGUGUGGAAGUAUUUUACCGACUUGUUUGAUUAUUUACCCCUCACAGCUCUUAUUGAGAGUCAGAUCUUCUGUUUGCAUGGGGGACUUUCACCAUCUUUAGACACAUUAGACAAUAUUCGAGCAUUGGACCGUAUACAGGAGGUUCCUCAUGAAGGACCAAUGUGUGAUCUCUUGUGGUCUGAUCCCGAUGACCGCUGUGGGUGGGGAAUAUCUCCUCGUGGUGCUGGUUAUACAUUUGGACAGGAUAUUGCUGCUCAGUUCAACCAUACCAAUGGUCUCACUCUGAUUUCAAGAGCCCAUCAACUCGUCAUGGAAGGAUACAAUUGGUGUCAGGAAAAAAAUGUGGUUACUGUCUUCAGUGCUCCAAAUUAUUGUUACCGUUGUGGGAACAUGGCUGCAAUUUUAGAGAUUGGGGAGAAUAUGGACCAGAAUUUUCUUCAGUUUGAUCCAGCACCUCGGCAAGUUGAGCCCGACACCACACGCAAAACUCCUGAUUAUUUUUUGUAAUUUUUUUUUUGUUUUUUAUGUUCUGCUAGCUGUUUCUUGCCCCUGUUUGCUGCUGUAUCUCCUGUAGAUGUGUCUUGGAAGCAAGGAGCUUUUUGUUGUUUAAGUUGAGGUUCAUCGACAACAACAUUCUUUGAUUUGGAGUGUGUCCUGCUGCUGCUGCUGCUGCUUUGUUAAUGUGCUCAAGAAUCUCAUAGCAGUACACUGAUGAAGGCCCCAGUGGCCGCAUGUCUUGUAUAUUUCUCACAAGAAGGAAGCAGCAAUAACAUGUUAUAUCUUGUUCUGUAAUUUUGCACUUCCAAGAUAGAAAGCAGAUUUUUUCCAGCAGCUUAUGUGUCAUCGUCGUUUUGUUUUGACUCCCAUGAAUUACACAAGGAAACUUCGAAAAAGACACCAAAAUUAA